UCACAUCCAUCGAUGUCGACAUCAUCUGUUAUAUACGAAAGUACACAAGGACUUCCUUGUGCCAAAAUAAAGCACUCAAUUUUUUUAUUUUUCCUCAAUCUGAUCCGUUUCUGUUCCUUUUGAUCAGCUGGACGUGGUUACGAGCGUGUCUAAACAAUCUUUUUGAAUACAUGAUUCUUCAUGACAGAAAAACUAGACUUGUUCUGCAGGACAAAAUGUUUACUUCACGCUGUUUAUUUUUGCUCCCACAACUAUUUUCCAUAAUAGUCCAUCAUUAAAAGUCCGUCAAAUUUCGUUGUGCUCUCCAAAAUGGACGCUUCAAUGGAAUUACCUCAAUGUUCUUGUAUCGCAUCCAGCACAAAGACGGUUUCUCAGACCAUAGGAGAAAAUCCAGUAUAGAGGUACGAGCUGAACUGAGGGCAUCGCCGGAUGUCACGAAUCAAAUCAUCUAACCAUCAUUAAAUGCCUUUGAACAAAUGCUUCCCGUCAAAGACAACAUGACCCCUGAAUCCUUCGCUGAAAACUGCACAAACUGCAGCCAGGUUCUGGUCCCGGAGCUGAACGUUAUGAAGGCUGUCGUGUUGGGCAUGGUGUUGGCCCUUUUCAUCAUUUUUGGAGUUCUGGGCAACAUCCUGGUCAUCCUGUCUGUGGUUUGCCAUCGUAACCUACGCACGGUUACUCAUUACUUCAUCGUGAAUUUGGCGGUGGCGGACCUUCUGCUAAGUUCCACGGUGCUUCCCUUCUCUGCCGUCUUCGAGAUGCUAGGCCGUUGGGUCUUUGGUCGGCCCUUUUGUGACGUUUGGGCGGCCAUGGAUGUUCUGUGCUGCACGGCGUCCAUCAUGAGCUUAUGUGUCAUUUCCGUGGACAGAUGUAUUGGUGUUAGCUAUCCGCUGCAGUACCCUUCCAUCAUGACGGAGCGACGGGCGUUGCUAGCGCUGGUUGUGUUGUGGGCUCUAUCCAUCACCAUUUCUAUCGGGCCUCUGUUCGGCUGGAAGGAGCCGGCGCCAGAGGACGAGUCCGUAUGCAAGAUAACAGAGGUCCCGGCAUAUGCCAUCUUCUCAGCCUUGGGGUCUUUCUACCUCCCCCUGGGGGUCAUCUUGUCCAUGUACUGCCGUGUCUACGUGGUGGCCAGGAGGGAGACGCGUGGACGGAUUAGUGGACGUAAAACGGAGAAAUCGGAUCACGCCUCUGAGGCUGUGACUUUGAGGAUACACCGUGGUAACACGACGGUGUCUGAGGACGAGGCGUUGAGAAACAGGACUCACUUCGCUCUGCGACUGCUCAAGUUCUCACGUGAAAAAAAGGCGGCCAAGACACUGGGCAUCGUGGUGGGAUGCUUCGUUCUGUGCUGGCUUCCAUUUUUCCUGGUUCUUCCUAUCGGUUCCAUCUUCCCCACAUACAAGCCUUCGGACACGGUGUUCAAGAUAACCUUUUGGCUCGGCUAUUUCAACAGCUGUAUCAACCCCAUCAUCUACCCGUGCUCCAGUCAGGAGUUCAAGAAAGCCUUCCUAAGCGUGCUGGGCGCUCAUUGUCUCCGGAAUAGAUCCACACCAACCCACCCUCUCUACCAGGGUCACAGUCCACGGCAUGCCCAGUCACAGCUCCUCGCCCUCGGCCUCACAGGCAACACUUCCCGUCUGAGCCCCUCCUCCUCCAUCGCUCUGUCCCGCAGCCCUUCCUCCCGGGACGGCCGGGAGUGGCAGGCCCCUUCCCGGACCUCGUCCGUGGGGACCCCGGGAGUCGGUGCCGGAGUGAGCGUGGGAGCUAAAGUGGCGGGAAUGUGCAGUAAGAACCUGCUGAGGACUUGCUGUGCCGUGAGAACAGAUUCCCCUCAGCCGGAGGAGCCCACACAGAACUCUCUUCCCGUCAUCAAAAUCCAUCAGCUCUCGCUGUGUGAAGACGGGGAUGCGGUGUGAAUAAAGUCGCCGGGGAAAUCGCUCUUAAGAGACUGCCGCUGCGUGCGACGCCGUUUGUCACAUGAUGGUGUCUCGGAUUGGAGAACACAAGCUGACAAUCUGAGCGUCUGCUAUUGUGAUGAUGGCCAUUAAAAGAAAACAGUAGGUCACUCUGAAAAUAAACGCAGACGUUAUUUGUUCUUUCUCACGUUCUGUAUGCUUUUCUCUUUUAUACAUCGAUGGUUCAAAACGACGGUGGAUGUCAAGCUCCAAAAAAAGACUACUCGAUGAUAAAUAAAGCACCAAAUAAGUAAUUCACAACCACGGUGGUUCUCCCUAACAAAAUUGACCAUGGUUUUUACCGUAGUCAAAUAAUUUACCACGGUAAAUUCGUAUUAACCAUGUUUCUUGGCAAAUUGAUUACCAUUUGUAUAACCACAGUUUUACUACAAAUAUCAUUCAAUAAUGGUUACUGUAGCAAAGCCGUGGUACAUUUCUGCUUACCAUGAUUUUACUAUAGUAACCAUGGUAUUCUGGUAUUAUUUGUCGUUAAACCACGGUUAAUUUUAUAGGAGCUUGCAUAUGUUAUAAUCAGAACUGGAGCACCUGUUAUGCAAAAUGUGUCUUAAAGCCAGAUUAAAAAAAAUGUAUAUCACUGAAAAAACAACUGCAUAUGGAACACGAGUUUGAGAGUAAAAAGGAGCCCAGGCUGAAACAUGAAGGUCUUUUGUUGUGGUUUGCAUUGUGAGUAUAAAUACCAGCAAUUAUUUUUUAUUGUCAGAUGUUUUAUUUCAGCCUUCCAAUUUGGGGAAAUUAAAACCCAGACUCGUCUGAUCAGCGUUCCCACCGAAAAAAGAAAUUAUAUUUUUGACGCUCCUUUCUGGGCUCGUAUGAUAUGUUCACUUAAUUGUUCAAUUUCUGAAAUUGCACUGUAGCUAUUGCUGUGGGUUGUUUGCAUUGACUGUGAUUUGGAAAGGCUUUCUGUAAUAGAAAAGUAAUUUGUUCGCUCCUGCUUGAACUGGGAAUGGAUCUUUAUCGUGUCUUUCAGAUGCAUGUCAUGGUCACGUUGUCAGAAUGUCAAAAAUAUUGCCAUGUGAACUUAAGUAUAGCAUGACCGGAAAAUCCGAUUUAUGGAUGUCAAAGUGGGACCAACUUUUACAAUUCUACAUCAAAAGAACCGUCUCCUGCGAGAUGCACAAAUAUUCACCGUCUGUGGAUGAAUGACAUUAUUAUCACGAGAUGAAAGUGACCUCAAAGUGACCAA